CGCGCUCGUAACUGGGGGACUCGGCAGAAACUCGUAUAGGAGGUAGAAGGGAGUGCAUGGAUAACCGUAUCUAACCAGGAGGGCAAUUAGACUGCCAGCUACGACCUUAAACCCCUUAACUAGACACAAAAGUGAAGUGGUUGUGGAUUGGGAAUCCCCACUUCACAUUUCCUCAGGUGAGCCUCCCCGGCCUGUACCAUGGCUGCGCUGCUUGGGGUGGAGAACGCAGCGAGCGGAGUGCUGAGGAGGGCAGUGGAGCUAGACUCGAAAGGGCGAUAUCAGGAGAGUCUGGUGUGCUAUCAGGAAGGGAUCGAGCUCCUGCUUCAGGUUUUAAAGGCCACCCAAGAAGAUGCCAAAAAAGUUCAUUAUAGAAAGAAGUUGAGUGACUACAUGGACAGAGCCGAACAGAUCAAACAUCAUGUUCUUAAAGAGAAGGAAGAGGGAAAAUAUCACAAGCAAAUCAAGAUUUUAGAGAAUGCGACAGGUUAUAGCUAUGAAAAUCUUUUCAAGCCGUAUGUCAAUGAAAUGCUUACAGAGGUGUGGGUGGAAGACCCUUACAUCCGGUAUGUGCAUCAAUUGUAUAACUUUUUACGUUUCUGUGAAAUGCUUGUCAAGGGACCUUCAAAGGUCAAGAGAAUAAACCUGUUAACCUCCAUGGACGAAGAGAAUGGUAAAGCUCUGCAAACUAGUUGCCUACAGGAGAUCCAGAAUUCUCUCCAGGAUUAUGGCGUUACCCUGGAUGUCGCUUUCUCCUCUUCUAUUCACGACCGAGAAAUUAGGUUUAAUAAUGGUUGGAUGAUUAAGAUUGGGAGAGGUCUUGAUUAUUUUAAGAAGCCUCAGGGUCGUUUCUCUAUAGGUUACUGCGACUUUGACUUGAGGCCCUGCCAUGAAACAUCAGUGGAUAUUUUUCAUAACAAUCAUACAUGGAAGACUUGAUGGAAAUCUUGUGUUUUGUGGGAGCUGGGGAACAAUACUUUUAGGGCAGCUAACAAGCAGUCUGGCCCUUGAUAUUUAUUUUAUAUAGGGUCUCAGACUUCUCACGCUUUUUAGGUCUUACUGACCCAUAUGAUUAAAGUGCUUGUAAUGGCAGCUUAAUGUAAAAUAAAGCACUCGUCUUUAGCACUCGUCCUGCUCCAGGUUUCUGCCUCAUAAAUGCAUGAUUACUCUAUACAUAGCAUAGAUUGACCAUGACGCACAAUUUUGGAACAAUUGCUCUUGUAUAUUUGGUCCCUAUGAAAAAGGGGUAUCCAGCGCCUCGGACAUAAUUUGCUUCACCGAUGACUUAAUAGAACAUUUUGGAUGUGACUGCCUUUUUAAGCAUGCAAUUUACGCUGGACCAGCAUCCUUUGAAUAUGCCUUCUAUGAGCACAAAAAUAGUUAUUAGUAUUCUGUGAUGUAUAAAUGAAGAACCAAUGUUAGCAUUGCUAUUACCGGUAUUUAUUUUUAAUUUUAUUAUUAUGGGUUUUGGUAUAAACCAGGGUUUUUAUAUUUUUACCAGUGGAUCUUUUAUAAUUCUCAAUGAAACAUAUAAACUU